AUCCUUAUGCAAAUUUUUGGGUGGGCUUUUAUUACUUUAAAGGACAUUAUGUUGAGCCGAACCUUCAAGAAGGAAUGAAAUUCCUUAAAAAAGCUUCCGAGUUACAUCAUACGGAAGCACAAUAUUGGUACGCACUAGCAUUGUUAAAUAGUUCUGAUGAGUUUGAGGGAGAUGGAUAUGAAGCCGCAAUGAAAUAUUUAAGAAUAUCCGCAUCGUUGAAUGAGAGAGCAUUGAAGGUUCUGGGAAGAAUUGUACAGACUGGAAGUUAUGGUCAAAAAGCAAAUUACCUUGUGGGAAAAGCGAUGAUUGAUAAAGCUCUUAAUAUGAGAAAUACAA